UUGUAAAUCAUCAACGUGCAUUAUUAAACACCUCUCUCGCUCUCCCUCUCAGGUGCAUCUGCUCUACCGAACCGUCAAGGCCUCAACCAGAUAGACUCCCUCUUCUCUAAUCUUCUUGCUCGUUUUCUUCUGGACCCAAUUCUGAAAGGUACUCACUGUACGAGCCUCACUAUACAGCGAAAACCAAGUGUUUCCCCUCUUUCAUUUCUUCUCUCUAACCUGCACAAAUUCGAAGGGGAGAGGGACCGAGAGUUGGGCACGAUGAGUUUCAGGGAGGAGACUGAAGAAGCCAGGGAUCUGAAGAAGCCAUUUCUUCACACCGGAAGUUGGUACAAACUGGGAUCGAGGCAGUCCAGUAUGAUGAGCUCGUCUCAGGGGAUUCGCGACCGCUCCAUCUCCGUUGUCGCCUGCGUUCUCAUCGUCGCCUUGGGCCCUAUCCAGUUUGGUUUCACUAAUGGGUAUUCUUCGCCUACGCAAUCGGCCAUCACCGAGGAUUUAGGACUUUCAGUAUCCGCGUUCUCUCUGUUCGGUUCUUUAUCAAACGUGGGUGCAAUGGUUGGGGCAACAGCCAGUGGUCAGAUUGCAGAGUACAUUGGGCGAAAAGGGUCUCUGAUGAUAGCAUCCAUCCCAAAUGUUAUUGGUUGGCUUUGCAUUUCAUUUGCUAAAGAUUCUUCUUUUCUGUAUAUGGGAAGAUUGUUGGAAGGAUUUGGUGUAGGAAUAAUCUCUUACACGGUUCCUGUAUAUAUUGCUGAAAUAUCACCUCACAACAUGAGAGGGGCGUUAGGUUCAGUUAAUCAGCUCUCAGUCACAAUUGGAAUAAUGCUGGCUUACUUGCUGGGUCUUUUUGUAAAUUGGAGAGUGCUGGCAGUUCUGGGAAUAUUGCCAUGCCUUGUAUUGAUGCCCGGCCUUUUUUUCAUUCCUGAAUCCCCUAGGUGGCUGGCAAAAAUGGGAAAGACAGAAGAUUUUGAAGCUUCUUUGCAAGUGCUCCGGGGGUUUGAAGCCGACAUUUCUGUUGAAGUAAAUGAAAUCAAGAGAUCAGUAGCAUCAGCUAGCAGAAGAACUACAAUACGUUUCUCAGAUCUCAAACAAAGAAGAUACUGGCUUCCUCUUAUGAUAGGAAUUGGAUUACUGAUCCUGCAACAGUUGACUGGAAUUAAUGGUGUUCUCUUCUAUUCCAGUACCAUUUUUGAAUCUGCGGGGAUUUCAUCAAGUAAUGUUGCAACAUUUGGACUUGGGGCUGUUCAGGUUGUUGCAACUGGUGUCGCUACAUGGUUGGUUGAUAAAACAGGCCGCAGAAUUUUACUCAUUAUCUCCUCCUCUGGGCUGGUCAUUAGCCUCCUAGUUGUUGCAGUUUCAUUCUUUAUAAAGGAUUUUGUAUCAAAUGAUUCUACGCUUUAUACCAUAUUGGGCAUCUUAGCAGUAGUUGGUGUCUUGGGAAUGACAAUUGCAUUUUCUCUUGGAAUGGGGCCAAUUCCAUGGGUCAUAAUGUCUGAGAUUCUUCCAGUUAAUAUUAAGGGCCUUGCUGGUAGCAUAGCAACAUUGUCCAACUGGUUGUUUGCUUGGGUGGUUACCUUGACUGCAAACCUGCUUUUGGAUUGGAGUUCAGGAGGAACGUUUACCAUUUACAUGGUUUUGUGCGGUUUUACAUUGGCAUUUGUGGCUAUCUGGGUGCCUGAGACCAAGGGAAGGACUCUGGAAGAAAUCCAGAGGUCCUUCAGAUGAUCCAUCGUUUCUUGCUUGCCGCCUCUAUUUUUUUUGUUGUGUUUUUCCUCUUCCCCUUUGAGUUUUGGAGGAGCUGUCGGGUUUAUUUUAUGUUUGAGCAGCACACACUGCAGAGGUGCAACUGUGUUAUGUAGUGUUGUAUUUUCAAGCUGUUUUUGUUGUUUCAAUCAAAUUCAUUAAAUGUAACUAUUACGGUACAAUUGUUCAAUAAGUUUACGUGGGCUUAGGCCUAGUGGUAAUGGUAUCA